AAUAACCUCACUCAACUGCCUUAUCUUCCACAACCUCAAGAUCAUAAGCGCAUUUUCAAAUUUUAGCUUUAUCUCUCACUUUAUAUAAAACAUAAAAAUUCAAGAAUGGCUGGAAGUGAAACCGACAAGCCUGAAAGCAAAAAAGCAGCAAAGAAAGAGCAGAAGAAAGCCGAAAAGGCGUCCAAAAAAGCAGAACACAGGGGAGGAGAUAAGCAAACAGUUGUUCAGGAAGAAGUUGAUAUAUCUGUUGGGAAAUAUGGAGUUCUUCCUCUUAUUAGAUCAGAAUCUAAAGUCGAGAGGAAGUAUCACAAAGUUUGUGAAUUGACCAAAGAUAAUGCUGAAAAUGAAGUUUGGGUUCGAGCCAGACUCCAAACUGUUAGAGCGAGGGGUAAACAAUGUUUUAUUGUACUUAGACAAAGAGAAUUCACUAUUCAAGUACUGGUGAAUGUUUCUGAUAAAGUAUCGAAAGCAAUGGUCAAGUUUGCCAGCAAUAUAUCAAAGGAAAGCAUUGUGGAUGUGAAUGCAAAAGUGGCUAAGGUAGCAUCAGAAAUUGCUGGCUGUACUCAGAACGAUGUUGAGUUGAUUGCUACCGAGUUGUGGGUAGUGUCUAGUUCAGAUCCACAGUUGCCUCUGCAAAUUGAGGAUGCUAGUAGGCCAGAAAAACCUGAGGAUGCUGAAGGGCUCAAUAUAAAAGUUAAACAAGAUACUAGGUUGGAUAACAGGGUUUUGGACUUGCGUACAUCAGCUAAUCAAGCUAUUUUCAAACUAGAGGGAGGUGUGUGUAGGUUGUUCCGUGAAUACUUAACUGGAAAAGGUUUCACUGAAAUACACACCCCAAAAAUCAUACCUGCAGCUUCUGAAGGUGGAGCUAAUGUGUUCACUGUCAGUUAUUUCAAAGGAUCCGCUUAUCUUGCACAAAGUCCCCAACUGUAUAAGCAGAUGGCCAUUGCUGCCGAUUUCGAUAGAGUUUUCACUGUAGGAGCUGUAUUCAGAGCUGAAGAUUCUAACACGCAUAGGCAUUUAACCGAGUUUGUAGGACUCGAUUUGGAAAUGGCGUUUCUACAUCAUUAUCAUGAAGUUGUUACUGUUAUUGGGGAUCUUUUUAUAUCUAUCUUCAAAGGUUUACGCGACCAGUUCAAGACGGAAAUUAACACUAUCUGUCAACAGUUCCCAGUAGAGCCUUUUACCUUUUUGGAUCCACCACUGAUUUUACAGUUUGACGAAGGAAGAAAAAUGUUGGCGGAAGUGGGGGUUGAAGUUGGUCCAGAAGAAGACCUCAGCACUCCUGCAGAGAAACUUCUUGGGCGGCUGGUUAAAGCUAAGUACGACACCGACUUUUAUAUUUUGGACAAAUAUCCCUUAGCUGUGAGGCCGUUCUAUACUAUGCCCGAUCCUAACAGUCCGAUUUCCUCGAAUUCCUAUGAUAUGUUCAUGAGGGGUGAAGAGAUACUGAGUGGAGCUCAGAGGAUACACGAUCCCAAGUUCCUUACAGAGAGAGCGAAACAUCAUGGAAUUGAUAUAUCCAAGAUACAAUCUUAUAUUGACGCUUUCAAAUAUGGGUGUCCACCACAUGCUGGAGGUGGUAUUGGACUGGAACGAGUUGUUAUGUUGUAUCUUGGUCUUGAUAAUAUCAGAAAAACAUCCAUGUUUCCUCGUGACCCUAAGAGGGUUACUCCUUAAGUUUUAUUUUUUAAAACAAUAAAGAAAUCCCAU